UGCCGGGGCCCAGUGGCGCGGCCGGGGCGGGAGAUCGACUGACCGUGUCGGGUGUCUCUGAGGCCCUGACGUGGACACACUUCGGGUUUCCCGACUCGAGGUUCUUCCGGAGGAUGGGCCGGCUGGUGGAGGCGAGUGAGGGAGACGAAGGGACUUCCGUUUCCUUCCCCUAGCCAGGGGCCCGGCUGCGGAGCGGAAUUGGCAUUUCCAGAUUGGGGCUCGGGCCGCCCCUCCUCCGAGACCCUCUGUUCCGGACCAAGCCGAUCGCGGCCGGCUCUUCUGGCGCGCUGGCCUGUACAGGGAACUGAACUCUUGACCUUCGUGUUGCAAAGCUGCACUCUAACCAACUGAGCUAAUUGGCCAGCCUUCUUUUUCCCCCUCUUAAGUGACUUCUUUCCAAACCAAGUCUCCAUCUUCCUUCAGUUGUGCAACAAAUUUUUUAAAACCAGAAUAAAAGGUGGACAAGUCCUAUUUUCAAGAGAAGAUGACUUUUAACAGUUUUGAAGGAUCUAAAACUUGUGUACCUGCAGACAUCAAUAAGGAUGAAGAAUUUGUAGAAGAGUUCAAUAGAUUAAAAACAUUUGCUAAUUUUCCAAGUAGUAGCCCUGUUUCAGCAUCAACACUGGCACGAGCGGGUUUUCUUUAUACUGGUGAAGGAGAUACUGUGCGGUGCUUUAGUUGUCAUGCAGCAGUUGAUAGAUGGCAGUAUGGAGACUCAGCAGUUGGAAGACACAGGAAAGUAUCCCCAAAUUGCAGAUUUAUCAACGGCUUUUAUUUUGAAAAUAGUGCCGCACAACCUACAAAUCCUGGUGUCCAAAAUGGUCAGUUCAAAAUUGAAAACUGUCUGGGAAACAGAAAUCGUUUUGCUUUAGACAGGCCAUCUGAGACUCAUGCAGACUAUCUUUUGAGAACUGGACAGGUUGUAGAUAUAUCAGACACCAUAUACCCGAGGAACCCUGCCAUGUGUAAUGAAGAAGCUAGAUUAAAGUCAUUUCAAAACUGGCCAGACUAUGCCCACUUAACCCCAAGAGAGUUAGCUAGUGCUGGACUCUACUACACAGGUAUUGAUGAUCAAGUGCAGUGCUUUUGUUGUGGUGGAAAACUGAAAAAUUGGGAACCUUGUGAUCGUGCCUGGUCAGAACACAAGAGACACUUUCCUAAUUGCUUCUUUGUUUUGGGCCGGAACAUUAAUAUUAGAAGUGAAUCUGAUGUGAGUUCUGAUAGGAGUUUCCCAAAUUCAACAAAUCUUCCAAGAAAUCCAGCCAUGGCAGAUUAUGAAGCACGGAUCAUUACUUUUGGGACAUGGAUGUACUCAGUUAACAAGGAGCAGCUUGCAAGAGCUGGAUUUUAUGCUUUAGGCGAAGGGGAUAAAGUAAAGUGCUUUCACUGUGGAGGAGGGCUAACUGAUUGGAAGCCCAGUGAAGACCCUUGGGAACAACAUGCUAAGUGGUAUCCAGGGUGUAAAUAUCUGUUAGAAGAGAAGGGACAAGAAUAUAUAAACAAUAUUCAUUUAACCCGUUCACUUGAAGAAUCUCUGGCAACAACUGCUGAAAAAACACCAUCACCAACUAAAAGAAUUGAUGAUACCGUUUUCCAGAAUCCUAUGGUACAAGAAGCUAUACGAAUGGGAUUCAAUUUCAGGGACAUUAAGAAAAUAAUGGAAGAAAAAAUUCAGACAUCUGGGAGCAACUAUAAAUCACUUGAGGUUCUGGUUGCAGAUCUAGUGAGUGCCCAGAAAGAUAGUACACAAGAUGAAUCAAGUCAGACUUCAUUGCAGAAAGAGAUUAGUACUGAAGAGCAGCUAAGGCGCCUGCAAGAAGAGAAGCUUUGCAAAAUCUGUAUGGAUAGAAAUAUUGCCAUAGUUUUUAUUCCUUGUGGACAUCUGGUCACUUGUAAGCAAUGUGCUGAAGCAGUUGACAAAUGUCCCAUGUGCUACACAGUCAUUACGUUCAAGCAAAAAAUUUUUAUGUCUUAAUCUAACUCCACAGUAGGCAUGUUAUAUUCUUAUUACCCCGAUUGAAUGUGUGAUGUGAACCGACUUUAAGUAAUCAGCACUGAAUUCCAUUAGCAUUUGCUACCAAGUAGAAAAAAUGUAAACAGCAGUGUUUUAGUUGGCAAUCUAAAAUUUGAAUUUCUGGAUUUUAUUAGCUGUAUUAUUUAUCCAUUUUUUAUUGUUAUUUAAUUGAAACCCUAGACUGAGAAGCAUCAUAUUAUAACUGAUCACAAUGUGUAUUUGUAGUAUACUUACUUAGUUUCUAAGUGUAAAUGAAUUAAUCAUUUGAAUUUUUCAUUCUUUUCAGAUAGGCUUAACAAAUGGAGCAUUCUGUAUAAAUGUGGAGAUUAGAGUUAAUCUCCCCAAUCACAUAAUUUGUUUGUGUGAAAAAGGAAUGAACUGUUCCACACUGGUGGAAAGAUAGAGAUUAUUUUUUAAUGUUUGUGUUUUAGGAUUCUGUCUGCUUUCUUUGAAAGUUAUAAAUACAUACUUAUGUGAAUGAUUUUAAAUGGCAUUUAAUGAUAGAAUACCAUCUAGCCAACUUCUACUAAUAUGAAAAGGUGUCAAAGAUAUAUAAGUAUAAAAUGCAAGUGGCAAAUCACUGUUUAUAGUGUGAGCCAAAUUGAGGUGUGUGCAUUUUGUAUAUCUGUAGAACAGAAGAUUUGGAAAGACGCACUAAACUGUUAAGUGUGGUGUCUCUUGAGGGGGGUGGGGGGAUGGGUCCCUGAGGGGGUUUACAGGGACCUUUCACUUUCUUUUGUGUGUGUGUGUUUGAAUUUUUUAUAAGUGUGUAUUACUUUUGUAAUCAGAAGUUUUAGAAAGUAUUUUACUGAUUUAAAGGCUUAGGCAUGUUCAAACACCUGCAAAACUACUUAUCGCUCAGCUUUAGUUUUUCUAAUCCAAGAAGGCAGGGCAGUUAACCUUUUUGGUGCCAAUGUGAAAUUUAUAUGUUUUUAUGUUUUUCCUGCUUUGUGGAUGAAAAAUAUUUCUGAGUGGUAGUUUUCUGACAGGUAGACCAUGUCUUCAUAUCGUGUUUCAAAAUAAAUAUUUCUGAUUUUGUAAAAUGAAAUAUAAAAUAUGUCUCAGAUCUUCCAAUUAAUUAGUAAGGAUUCAUCCUUAAUCCUUGCUAGUUUAAGCCUGCCUAAGUCACUUUACUAAAAGAUCUUUGUUAACCCAGUAUUUUAAACAUCUGUCAGCUCGUGUAGGUAAAAGUAGAAGCGUGUUUGUAUACUGCUUGUAGUUAUAGAUAGCUUUCCAUGUUGAGAUUCUCACAUCUUCUUGUAUCUUAAAGUUUCAUGUAAGUUUUUACCGUUAGGAUGAUUAAGAUGUAUAUAGGACAAAAUGUUAAGUCUUUACUUAAAUUUUUUUUUUUAUUUUCUUGACUAGUAAUGGUAGUAGAUACUUGUGCAAUAAAUGUUCUCUCAAGAUCCUUAAAACCUCUUGGAAAUUAUAAAAUAUUGACAAGAAAAGGAUAGUUUAAAUAUUUUUUAAAAAACACUUGAAUAAGAGUCAAUAUGGGUGACAAAUGGAAGUUUAAAAAUGCUUCAAAAGAAUAAAAAUAAAUAAAUGCUUCAUAGAACACCCAGGGCUUACAUUACAAGAUUCUCAUGACAGACCUAUUGUAGAGGUGAGUAAGGCAUUUUACUGCAGAGAAAAAUUUGAGUGAAACUUAAAAAUUAUAUUUUUGUUGUAUUUUCUAAGAGAAAGAAUAUUGUUAUGUUCUCCUAACCUCUGUUGAUUACUACUUUAAGUGAUAUUCAUUUAAAGCAUUGCAAAUUUGUGAGAAUUUUUUUUUUUUUUUUUUUUUUUAAAGAUGACCGGUAAGGGGAUCUCAACCCUUGGCUUGGUGUUGUCAGCACCAUGCUCAGCCAGUGAGCAAACCAGCCAUCCCUAUAUAGGACCCGAACCCGUGGCCUUGGUGUUAUCAGCACCGCACUCUCCCAAGUGAGCCACGGGCCGGCCUCAAAUUUGUGAGAAUUUUAAAAAUUAUAUGACUGCCCUGUUUCGUUUUAUUAUGUAAAUCCUCAAUUCCUUACCCUUUCACUGUCUUCCAUUUAGGUUUAGGUUGAAUUUGACCUGUAUAGUCUAAGCUUUAAGUUUAAGCUUAAAGUGCAUUCUACAAGGGGAGAAAAGUGUUAAAAGUUUUUUAAAUGUGUUUUCCAGGACACUUCAGCUCCAGAUUGGUAGCUAGUUCAAUCUAGUUCUUAGCCAAAGACUCAAUGACCAAAUUGUUUUAACAUAAGGCUUUUCCUAUUCUGGGAGUCUCAGUUCAUUCCAUCUCUUUUAAACUUAUGUGUUUAAAAUUAAGCAAGACCUUUUUUUUCCUCUUCAUGAGUUGUGAAAUUUAAUGCAUGAAGCUGAUGUUGCUAACAAGUUUAUUUUAAGAAUUGUUUAGAAAUGCUGUUUCUUCAGGUUCUUAAAAUCACUCAGCACUCCAGCUUCUAAUCAAAUUUUUGGAGACUUACCAGUGUUUGUCUCUGUUUGCACUAUAAAAAGCACUGGAUCCUUUCCAUCUAAUCGUGCAAAAAUUGAUUACUUGCAAGGUAAAAAAUAUCAGAUCCAAAUCUCUCUCCCCUCCCCCAUAGUUUUCAGUCUCUACAUGUAGACAUUCCUUUUCUGUAUAAAGUUCACUCUAGGAUUUCAUAGUCACCACCUGUUUUACUACAUUUUAGCCAUGUGAAGAUUCAAGCUGUUUUGUAAUAAAUAGUUAUCUUUAUUUGUAAUAAUUUAACGUGCUCAUCAAAAGCCUUCUUAAUUUUUGUGAAUGAGGUUUAGCAUUUAUAAAUUCCAGUUUAUUAAUUAAUGGCUUUGUAUUGCCUUUACUACUAGAUUUGAUUUUCCCCCUUCCCUAUGGUUAGGGGCUGAGGUGGGAUAGAGUGGGUGUAGUAAGUGUGUAUAUUGUGAUUUGGCCCUGUGUAUUAUGAUAUUUUGUUAUUUUUGUUCUAUUAAAUUUUGGUAGUUGUUUUUCAUGUUUUCUUAGUAGACUUAAUCUGUAUUUUGAACUCUCUGAAUGGAGACUACUAUCCCAGUAUUAGUUGCAGAUAUUGUACUCUUAAGACGCAAAUCAUUGUUUUAUUUCCUGAUUACCCAGCUUUUGAAUGGGGAAAAGGUCAGAGGGGGUGGGAGAAAUGGGAUAGGUUGCGUGUCAUUGCCAUUAGCGAAAUAGGAAAAUGAGAAGGAAUAUUUGACAGAUGUAGUUCUUUUUAGCUAAAUUGGUUAAGAUGUAAAUUACAAUAAAUAAAUAGGUCAAGCCCUUAAUAAUAUUUAAAUUCUUUUCUUAAAAAUUUGAAAAAAUUAUUCUUGUCAAAUUUAGUUGAGCUUUCCUAAUAGAAACAAUUGGCUUAUUCCAGUUUUUGUUUUAUUUAUUUAUUUUUUUGUAAAGAUGACCGGUAAGGGGAUCUUAACCCUUGACUUGGUGUUGUCAGCACCACGCUCUCCCAAGUGAGCUAACCGGCCAUCGCUAUAUAGGGAUCCGAACCUGUGGCCUUGGUAUUAUCAACACCACACUCUUCCAAGUUGAGCCACGGGCUGGCCCGGCUUAUUCCAAUCUUAGUAAUGUUUCAGGUUGGCUCUUAUACUUGUACUCUUGAACACAAUGUGAGUAUCUUUCUCAGCAUAAUUUUCUUUUUCAGAGCUAGAAGUGACCUUAGAGAGUAUCCAAUUUAUUCCCCUCAUUUUACAGGUGAGGCAACUGAGGCUCAAAGGUGAGGUAAUUUGAGCCCUGACUAGGACAUAGUUUGAAGGUGAAAAACUUCACCAAACUGCCUCUUCUGGGAGGUCUCAAAUGUUUAUUUUUUCAACUCUUCCUUCUACUAUGCCAUACUUUCAUUACAUAUUAAAUGACACUUUAUAACAAAUACAAUAGGACAAUCUUAAAUACAUGUAUCUUCAAAUUGGACAAUACUACAUUAACGUUUGGGUGGUAAGAUUCUAUUUUGAAGUCUAAAGUUUGUAGAUAUGCAUAGAGGUUUUUGGCAUUUACUACAUUCUUAUGUAUCAUUAAUGUAACAUUUAAAAUUACUUCUAUAUUUUAUCAUUUUGUCUAUAUUUAGUAACAAAUUUGCAUUUUUGAUUUGAUGAACAAAGGCUUUAAUGUAGAUUUUGCAUUUUUUCAUUGCUGUUAUACUUUAACUUGACAGAAUGAUUCUUAUGUCAUUGUAUUAGUAUUGUGAAUAAUCAUGAAAUGUUUGAGACAGAAGACUAUAUUUGUGAAUAUAAUUUCAUGACUUUUUUUCAUUAGUAGGAACCUUUCCAUCAUUAUAGAAAACUAAGAAAAUUGCUUUCCGCUGUGAAAUCUGGCAUUUGUUGUAGAUCAAAGCUUAUUUUUCUGUGAAUAAA